AAUGUGAUUAUAAAAAGGCAGCCGGCAGCCCGGGAGCUGUGUGCUAGCUGCCGUUCCAUCUACCAGCAGGCUCGAGCAGGAAGAUUGCUUCUCUUCUCUCCUCCAAGGUCUAGCGAUAAACCCUGCGCGCGGCGCCACCAUGCGGCAGAAGGCGGUAUCGCUCUUCCUGUGCUACCUGCUGCUCUUCACCUGCGUCGGGGGAGAAGCAGGCGGAAGAGAAGGAGAGAGUGCGGAGGACAGCGGCUGGGGCCCCUCCUGGCGCACCCUGACCUACAUGGCCGUCGGAGGAGGGCUCGGGGCCGCGGCGCUGCCGGCUCUGGGCUUCACCGGCGCCGGCAUCGCGGCCCACUCGGCGGCGGCCUGGCUGAUGAGCUGGUCCGCGAUCCUGAACGGGGGCGGCGUGCCCGCGGGGGGGCUGGUGGCCAUGCUGCAGAGCCUCGGGGCUAGUGGUGGUGGCAGUGUCCUCAUGGGCAAGGUUGGUGCCUUUCUGGGCUACUCUGCCCACAAGUACAUGGAGAGCAAGAAAAAGGAUGAGGAGUAGCCAGCGGCUCCCAGGAACCCCCUCCUUCCUCCUUGCCCUCCCUCUUAUAGUGAGAAGAAUCCAGCACUUUCUCUGUCACUCUCCAGAGUGACAUAGGUGAGAAAACAGAAUAAACAUCUCUCAGAAAACA